AUUCAGACUUGACUCUGUGUCUGUGGUUGGCCUUGCAGAGAGAAAAACAUUUAACAGCCAAGUGUUCAGCUGAGGUCAGAGGAUGACACAGCACAAAGAGCUGUUUUUUUGUUUUUUUUUACGGGUCCUGAAUCCUCCGUAAGCACGCAAGUUACAAAAUGUCACUCCUCCAAACAGUUACGUGCCUCCCUGUCACGUGACCUCGUUUCUUUUGCUUGAAAUAGUUUUUGGAUGUUUGAAAACAGCUGCUGCAGUUCAGACGCGUCCUCCUGACCCUGGGUGCUGAUCUUCUCGCUCACUGAUGCGCGAUGGAGAAUUUGAAGCAGUUCCUGUUCGCUCUCUCCGCUGCCGGAGCUGUCGGGUUUGUCUCCAUAAUAUUCGUGCUGAGGUGGGUUCUCUACUUUAAGGAAGGCUUGGACUGGAACGGAGGACUGGCAGAAUUCAACUGGCAUCCGGUGCUGGUCGUCACAGGCUUCAUUUUCCUGCAGGGCACAGCCAUAAUUGUCUACAGGCUUCCCUGGACCUGGCAAUGCAGUAAACUCAUGAUGAAGUUCAUCCAUGCAGGCUUGAACUUGACAGCCUUCAUUUUCGCUGUUAUUGCCAUGGUGGCCGUUUUUGACUUUCACAACGCUGCCAAGAUCCCCAACAUGUACAGUCUGCACAGCUGGCUGGGCCUGAUGGCAGUUAUACUGUAUGGUUUGCAGCUUGUUCUCGGAGUCGGCCUGUACCUGAUACCAGUUACACCUGUGGCCUGGAGAGCAGCUUUUAUGCCCAUCCAUGUCUACAGCGGUCUUUUUCUUUUCACCAGUAUCAUAGCAGUUGCUCUCAUGGGAAUUACAGAAAAACUUAUCUUUGGCCUGGCCAACCCGAAGUAUAAAGACUCUCCCCCAGAGGCAAUCUUUGUGAAUGUGUUGGGACUCCUCCUGGUUGUUUUCGGGGCUCUUAUCCUCUGGAUUGCCACUCGAGCGUCUUGGAAACGCCCCAGUGACCAGAUUGCACAUUCUCUGCAUACCAACAGGGGAAGUGAGGACAACAGCAAAGGUGGUCCGGCAAUGUCUGAACUGGAAGAUGGAGCCAAUUGUGAGACCGAUGGAGAUGUCAGGAAGAGGAAUAGCAAAUAAAUCAGAGAGCUACAGUAGGCUGACAGUUUGUAUCAUAGGAAUAAAAAAUGCUGUGCAAAUAUCUUCAAAUAAUCUCUAGUUUCCCAGGAAAUAUCUGUUGAAACAUGCAAACAUUAAAAAGUGAAAAAUACACAUAAUGUUUGCAAUAAUUUUCAGUGUCCAUCUCUCUGUUUUACAUUGUCUUCUUCAAGCUUUCUUAUUAUUUAAUUAAUCAGUCUUUAGGAACCUUUCUCCAAUGUUCAUGAAGGACAAUCCAAAUGUCUCCUUUUGGAUCAUGGCUGCCCUUUGUUUAGUUUAUCUGUCAAGAUAAUGUAAUGUUGAUUUAAUCAUUUUGAGGUUGAAUCACUACAGAGACCAAACCAUGAAUGACUACAUUAUGUUUGUUUUUUCUUUCUGUGUUCUAAGUUUUUACUGCUUUGGACAUUGGUCUAAAGUAGUUGAAAGUAUUAUUUUUGACAGACCAUAAUCUUAAAAAUGCCUUCCUGCAUUCACAUAUACUGUAUAUACAAUUUGACACCGCACCUGACAUCAGCUUAGUCACCAAAUCAUUCCAGAGCCACCAGCAUGCUUUAUUGACAUCAAGCUCAGUAUUGUACUCAGUUCUCAAAUUAUGACCCCCCACCCAGAUUUUUUGCAAAUGAAGAUUUUUUUUUUGUUGCA